UCCACACGCAUAUGAAACAAGGGCUAUGUUUGCCUUUUCAAGGGAUGAUAAUGUUCCAUCCCAUAUGGUGCAUAGUAAACAUCAUUGAUAGUGAUAGAUAUGACUCGAUGAAACCAUAGAUAUUUUAUAUAUGGGUAGAACGAAGCCUAACACAAGCUGGCCUCCAACCCCAAAUGCCAGAGCCUCUCGGGUCUUGCUGAUCACAGCGCAAUGGAGCCCUCUGAGACUUUGAAUGGUCAUGCUCGGAUUGUCUUCUCAAGGAGACAUUCUUCAUUUCCAAUCCCUAAAGGACGUUCAUAUGCCCAAACUAGAUUCUUGGCCUCUCCAGCAUCGUCAUUAUCAUCUCCUUUUUCAUCUCCUGGCAUUGAUUCACGCAUCCCUUUUUCUUGGGAAAAAAUACCCGGAGUUCCCAAGAAACAAGCUCCCAAGAAAGAGGGUCAUUCUCCAAGAUUCCUCCCACUGCCUCCGCCAACUACUCCAGCAUCCUCGAAGAUCAGAUUCGACCAUGUAAAGAUGAAGAACCCUGGUACUAAAAGCUUCCAAAUGGAUCCUUUUCUCGUUGCACUUGUUGAGUGCUCCAAGGAUGAUGAUUAUGAAGAAACGAUUGUGGGUUAUGUUGGUCCAAAGAUAACAAGGAGUUUGAGCGACAGGUUUGGAUUUGUCAAACUUUCUGCUUCCUGCAAGAGCACUUCUUGCUUGGUUUCAGAAUCAAUAGUUCCUAGCCCAAGGAGAAGCAAUUAUAAUACAAGGAAUAGCCUCUUUAGAUGAAGAUUGAAGAGGCCGAUUGCUAUACAUAAGCAUAUUUACAUUGUUGCAAUACUACAUACUAUUAUCCUCAAUUGUUCCUUGUUUAUACGUACAUAAAUGUCAAGAAGCAUAUACGUUGCUCUUCAUGUAUAUAACUUAAUUUCCAGUAUUAAUAUAAGCAGCCGGUGGUCAUGAA